AGCGCCGCCGUGACGUCACCAGCAUGGCGUAGUGAGGCAGACACUCCUGUUUGAGCCGCUCUCCUUUUUUACUCGUACACACCGUUCUUUAUAUUUUACAACGAAGUGAACCAUAUACGGAAUGGUGUAGGAUGUCGUGAAGUGUUUCUAGUGUGCGUACCAAGCCGUGAAGAUGAGCGGGAGGAAUAUAAUCACCCGGGAGCUGAGUGAUUCCAUACGACAGUGCUUGGGACGGAAAGUUAAGCUCACGUUAAAGGUUCUGGUCAAGGUUGAGACUCGGGGAGACAAGACUGAAAACAGGGUUCUGGCCUUCGCAUCAUGCCGGCUCUUCGUGCUCACAGCCAAGGUCCCCACAAGGGUGGACCAACACUUCCACUACCUGGAUAUACAAGGCAUCGAGAGUCGGAAACCCAACCAGCUGUGCCUGACCGUUUGUGACCGUGUGUACACCUACUACACCACCCAUGAGGAGAACAGCAGUCAUGAGGUGGACACAAUGGUGCUCAGCCUCUGCACCGCCCUCAAGAACAUCUUCCCUUCUGUUCCUCUCACCAGACACAUCAUCCGGAAGGUGGAGAUCCAGCCCCCAAAGCGGAUGCAGCAGCUGGAGGAGUUGGAGCGGGCCACUCUAGGAGGCACCCGGGACAUGGGGCCAUGUGGGGGCUUCUCCACGCAGUACAUGUGUAUGUGUGACUACCAUGCACUGCCCUACCGGGAGGAGGUGGCCUGGGACGUGGACACCAUCUACCUCUCCCAUGACACCCGGGAACUCUAUCUGCAUGACUUUGACUACCUAGAGCAGAAGGGAAUGGAAAAUAACAGAGACCUCAUCCCCAUCAUCAGUGCGCUGGAGUACAACACUUGGUUCAGGAAGCUGCGUGCCAGCCACAGCAAACUUUCCCACGAGGCAAUUGAGAGAAUUUUGCACGUGGUCAGCAAGUCACUUAGCUUAGAAGAAAUAUAUUUAGAUAAUAUUGGUGCCAAAGCGGAGUUUGCUAACAAGCUGUCACUGGCACUCUUAUCCAAUAGCAACAUUCCAUUGCAAAAGUUAGACCUGUCUCACAACCCACUGGAGGAUAAAGGUUUAAACAAUCUGUGCGGCCUGGUAGCCAAGCUGUCUCCAGAGGCUGGGGGUGCUAUACACAUUAGUAACCCUAUUGGUCGGCAAGCAAAGGGCUUGAGUCAUCUCAAUCUGUCCCACUGCGGGCUGACAGGCAAGGGUGUCAACAUGUUAGCACAUUCCCUCUCAGUAAAUAAGUAUAUGUGUCAGACUUUAACAUUCCUGAAUCUAGCUGGUAACUCCUUGCGAGAUGAUGUCAACAACCUGUACAAUUUCUUAGCUCAGCCAAAUACGCUCAAGACGCUUGACCUCUCAGCCACAGAGUGUGCCAUAGAUGCUCUCUUUGGUGCAUUAUUACGUGGCUGCACCAGUAGCUUAGCACAACUUAUCCUGUCACGCAACAGUUUUGGCAGCAAGAAGAGUCGGGAAAUGUUACCAUCCUUCAAGCAGUAUUUUACUUCCACCCUUGCCCUCAAAACCCUUACUUUCUCUCAGUGUAAACUUCCUUCAGAUGCCCUCAAAAACGUGUUGCUAGGAUUAGCCUGCAAUGAAAACAUCUCAGAGGUUGACCUGGACCUGAGUAGUAAUCACCUUGGGGCCACGGGGGCUCAGAUCCUAGAGUCCUGUAUCCAUGGUGUCCGGUGUUUGGCAGCUUUAGACAUCUCAGACAAUGGCCUAGAAACUCAGCUUGGGCCUGUGGUGGCAGCAAUAAGUAAAAACAAGAGCAUCAAGAAACUGAACAUUGGCAGGAACCUGAACAGCAUCAAAAGCAAACACGUUUACCAUGUGAUGGAGGCAGUGGUGCAGAUGAUUCAGGAAGAAGAUUGUGUACUGGAGUCUCUUUUCAUAAAUGAUUCUAGACUCAAGACAGACUUGCACAAUCUCCUCAAUGCUUUAGGAAGUAAUCAUUGCCUCCAGAAUUUAGAUAUAAGUGGUAACUACAUGGGUGACAGUGGUGCGCGUCUCCUUGCCAAAGCUCUACAGAUUAAUUCUAAGCUCCAGUUUAUAAGUUAUGAUAGAAAUAAUGUCACACUACAAGGCUACAGUGAUAUCGCCUAUGCAUUACAAAGCAACUACAGUGUUAAGUUUCUGCCAUUUCCUGUGCAUGAUGCAAUGCUGUGUAUGAAGACGGCCCCAGAGAGAACUGAGAACAUCAUGCGUAGGAUUCAGGACAUCUUGUACAGGAAUGUGUCCCCUAUGAAAUAUUCCAAUGGCCAAGCCUUCAGACUACAGCAGGGUUUCCUGCUGAGCUCAACACAGCAGCAGGUGGACCGGCUGGUACUGCAGACUGGAGAAGUGGUGAGGACCCUCCGUCGCUCUGGUAGUGACCUAGGAGGCUCAAACUCCCUCCAGUGGGUGGAGGGACUCAUUGCUGAUGCAGACAACUCUAAGCAGCUGAUCUCUCACUUGCACGAUGUGGUGCUGCGGCGGGAUGAUGCAGGGAACCCAAUAGAGACCAAGCUGCACCAGCUCUCCUCAGACCUUUACACUGUCAUCAGCAACAACCUGCAGGACACUGUGGAGAGCAUGGUUCGUUCAGCCCAAGACAAGUGUCCCAAUGUGCUCAGUGAGGAGAAAGUUGUAAAUGACAUCAGGACAGCCUGCCUGGCUAAGUCUCAGCUCUCAUAUCAGCUUGUGGAGUCAGCUAUUGUGGAACAGGCUGGAUCAGUCAUCUUGAACAAAGUGAAUGAGGUGAACCUGGCUGUAGCAUCUACCGUAUCAGACAGAGUCAUUGAUGAGGUGGUGGAGUCACUCUCCAAGACGUGUAAAAACUUGCAAUCUGGUGAGGGACCACGAAAGAGAGCCUCCACAGGGACAGAGAUGGGAGGGCGGGAGAGAGGCAGCAGUGAGUCAUCCACCCGCAGUGAGCGUUCAGACACUGUGAGUCAGGGAGAUGACACCACCAGCCAGAAGUCCGAUCCAUCCCCUCUGAAAUUGGAAUAUUUGAACCUUGCCACACCACAGUUGCCCAAGAGGAAGAGUCUACAUGGCAGGAAGCUACGGCCUCAGAGUGUUGUCGAUGGUUUUACAGAUACUAAUCCUGAGCAUCCAGUCUUAUUGCUUCACCAUAGUGACAGUAGUGCUUUGACUGGAAGUAAACAUUACAGCCUUUUCCUUGGAAAAAAACUCCCUUCAGAAAAGAAUAGGUUGACACUCCCAGCAUGGCCUGCUCCCUUGUCCCAGACUAAUGACUCUCAUUUUCUUCAUGCUGAGUCUCUAGACAGUGUGUCAGAGUUGCCAAGCAGCUGCGGCCAGCUGCAACACCUGGGUAAGGCCCGGCCCCGGCGGGUGAAGACUCGUGCCCCCACCAGGCCCAUGGGUCGUGCUGAUCUAGUCGAGGAGGACCAUGAUAUAUCAGAGGGUGUAGACACCUUCUUCAGGCCAGGCUCCUCCACCCCUACCACACCUCUCAUAUCACCAGAUUCAGAAAACAGCCCUCGGCUGCUGAAGUAUGGCUCCACCUCCUCUGUUGAAAGUUCUCCCCACACUGGCGGCGGCAGGACUGGCAGUGAGCGUGGCAGCAUAGAAUCCCUCACCCGCUCAGAUUCCCUGGCUCGCUCCGAGUCCGAUGUGACAAGGGACUCCCCCAGACCGCACACUAAAUCCCGGGACACGGAGGAAGAAGAUGAAGAAGAAGAAGAGGAAGUCAGCUUGGAGGAAAAAAGCAGUCACAGUGUUCGCAGUCUUAUUGGUAGGCAAGCAAAUGAGGGUAUGGCCAAGAGGUCCCCAGACAUGAGUGCAAGGAAGGCAUCAACAUCCUCAAGCAUCAGUUAUGCUGAUGAAUCUUUAUCUUCUUUAGAUAAGAGUCGCAGUGAAGAAGAUGGGAAAGAAGAUUCUCCUCCAAGGAAGAUUGCUGGUCUCCAUAAAAUGGGUAUUGGAGGCAACAUUUUGGCAGAAAUGAAGAAGAUACAGGAGAAAAGAACAUCAUUCUUACCAAAGGAUGAUGAGAAAGACAAAGAAGAAAAGAAGGAGAGUCCCUCAAGUAACUUACUGGCUGGGGUACGGCUGAGGUCCACCGGCCUUGCUGACAGUCUCAUGUCCCCAACCAAUGGCUUCCCCAGAGGCUCAGGAGGAAGCAAAUCCCCAAACUGCAACAGGGACUCAUGUAUUGACACCUCAGGACCCAGCCCCAGCACCAAGCCAGUGAUCACCGCCCUCAAACCUAAGCCCCCUCCCCCCCUCGCACCUAAACCUCGACCCAAGUCUGUGAGUGGAGGUGACCGCAGAUCAGUGAGGUGUGAUGCUGCAGGGGAAUCUGGGUCAGGGGAAGCAACAGAGGAGGACCCAGCAGAUCUCCCUGCAAGGUCUGUGAAGGAAAUGGCUGCCUCCCUGGCUCAUGUCAUUGUCUUGGAAAUGCCUGGAGGUGCCCGAAAGUCUGCUUCUCUCUCUCACAUCCCAGCAGCUGGCAGCAGUGGCAGUAGCAGUAGGAGUGAUAAGAAACCAAAGGGGAAAAUUGAAUCCCAGAAAACUCUAAGCAUCAUAAGUGGGAUUAAAAAGAUAGAAAAGAAAAAGAGAGAGAUACAAAAGAAAGAGGCAGGAACUGGAGGAGACCUGGGUGGACGGUGAGCGUGGGGAGGAUUCCCUUUGUCCGCCGCUGCAUCGCCAGACUUCUCACAAGCACGUCCUGGCAACAGAUCUGUCUCUGGAGGACGUUGUCAAUGUAUAGUGAAGGACUUUAAUAGGAAGGGAUCAUUUUGCAUUUUUAGGGAAUAAGUGCACCUCUGAUUGGCAGAAAAGACUGUCCCAAUGUAUCUACUUACUGAAUUCUUGAUCAUCUAGAUCAAAAACAAAUCUUGUAGAGAUUAUGUUGAUGAUUACCAUUAUUAUUUAAUCCUGUUUGUGAAAUCUGACCUAUUAUCAGGCAGCAGUUUACAUCUCCAGGCUAUGGAAGGUUACAGUGUGAGCCAGUGAGCCAAGAGGACACCUGCAAUUGGCUGUGAAGUCUCAACAUGUGACAAGCAUGGUGAUAAUCUUACUUAAUGUCAGCAGCUGACUUUAAGGCAAAACAAAGAUGUGCUUUGUAUUGAAGCAAAGCUUGGUACCACAUUUAGAGGAGCAAAUACAUUUUUGCAUUUUCAUAUACUCUUUUGACUUACUCUUGUACUCUUAUAAGUCAGAGGAAUGAAGCUCAUCUAAUAAAACUAAGCAAUGAGAGGAUUGUAAAUUUAGUGGUUAGAUAAUAUAUAAGGUACAUAUACAUCAUACUGUAAAAUGAGUAUAAUAGGUCACUGCCAGCAUUGGAUAUGUAUAUACUUUCAUCAUUUCUAUUUUUGUUAGUACAAGUAGCACAAAUUAAGUUGUAGGCCCCUCAACCAGGGUUCUGGUGUGAACCUGUGAUAUGCAGCAGGUCCCGGAGUGAUGGGUGCACAUCAGUCUGACAUCAGUCUUGCCAUCAACCUCAUGAUGACACUGAUAGAGAAGGAAGGGUAGAAGUCAUUGAAUAGUUUACUAAUACAAUUCCCCUCACAGAAUAUGUUGAAGGAAAGUGUCAGGGAUGUUGAAUCUAAUUGUAAUAAAUGAAGAGUUAGUUGUUUGAACUGUAUCUAGCACAUUCAUUGUAUAAUGCUAAAGUAUAUGGCAUAUGUAUUUUUUGCACUGAUUACUAAACUUUGCUUUAGAAAGAUGCACAGUACAUAAUCAUCGGCAUUAACAAGCAUGACUAAAUAGUUAGGUCACUUUUAUUUUGUGAUUUUUACCACCAAUUCACACUCAAGAAUGAAAGAGGAAUGUCCUAAUUUGUAAGCUUCAUAUUGUAACUUGUUGGGAGCAACAAGGAUUUAACUUGUAUGUCCUCGGAGAGUUUUUGUAUAGGUUGAGCAUACCAGUGUUGUUACCUUUAUUAGAGAGCUGUUAUAUGCGAGAACACGAACAAUGUUACUUAAUGUGAGGCAUGUGAAUUUUGUGGUUUUGAUGAUGGUAUGCCUUCAACUUUAUAAAAGAGUCUAUUGCAUUUGAUUCUUAAUCUGAGUUAUUGUGCAUAAAAAUAAUGUAGUAGUAUCUCAAUCAGAGAAUUGAGAUUAACUUGUAUAACUUGUGAGCUUUGCUUUUGAUAGAAAUCCAACAAGUAGGAAACUUACCAUGAACAUAAUGUAUAAAGCUGAUUAUCUUGUCAAAAGUAAUUAUUAUAAUGUUAUUAAUCUACAGGUAGUGUGUUUGCCUCAUGUGUGAAAUUUGGCCUUUUUUUUUUGUGUAUAGCUUGUGUUGUUUUGUGUGAGGAGCCUUGUGCCAAGACUGGGAGAAUUUUGUGUGUAAUCUGUGUAGCAUUUCUUUGUUUGUAUAUUAUUAUAUGGAAUACUGAAGUUCACAUGGCUGCAAGAAAUUUAUCUGUGAUGGGUUGUCCAGUUUAUUAGAUGUCUGACUAUGACAUUACUGUAUUGCAAGAACAGUUUACACCUAAAGGAAAUACCUUACCAUAAUGUUAGCGAUGUAGAAAAAUCAUUUGCUUUAAUACUUGAAUCUAUAAGAAAUUGUGAUUACUUAAAGAGUAAGUUAUAUCACAGCAAAGCUUUGUUUAUAUUACUUUUUUAAUACAAUAGGGUAUAUAAAUUACUGACACGCUCGUAUAUUUUAGUUAUAAGAAAAAACUUAUUUGAGAGUCUGAAACUAACAAUACAAAGCUUAUUCAUAAGUUUGUAUUUAGAUGACAUUAUGCAUAUGAUGCAAAGAAAUUGUAACAAAUUAAAUUGAUUGUAGAGAACAAGUAUCCAGUAAAAGAUUUUUGAUUGAAAAUAGCAACAUUUUUCUAAUUUUGACAGUCUUAGAAAAUUCUGUAAUGAUUUCUCUUGUAUUUUUUUUUUUCUUCUGACAUGAGAGGAGUACUUUCCAUUAUGCUGUCAACCUUGCCAGUUGUUCCAGACAAGUGGUGUAAUUUUUGGAUUCACCAAGGUAGUACAAAGCAGCCAGUUGCAAGGUUUGUUAAAGAGUGCUCACAUGAGACAAUACAAUUUUAAAAAUCAAAAAAAUAUGAUUAAUGUUGUAUAGGUGAAUGUAGGUAGCUAUAGGAAAACCGGAAACUUAUAAUUCAGCUUAAGAACCUACCUCGAACCUCUGUAGUGCUCCUCACAUAGGAAUGAACUAAUCAUCAGACACACACACACACACACACACACACACACACACACACACACACACACACACACACACACACACACACACACACACACACACACACACACACACACACACACA